AAUAACAAUGAAAUUACUGUCAAUAAAACGUCUGCUAAUAGUAUAGUGAAUUCAAACAAUAAUAAUGCAGAUUUGUCAACCACGUUCUACAGAUUCAUAUAUAUUAGAUAUGAAUUGGUUGAUAUGCUCCUCUUCAAAUCUCCCAUUUUCUCCACUGACAACGAAAGAUGAUCAUGAAUUAACGACAAAUUUUAUUCUGGAUAAUGAAAUAUCGACAGCAAAUCAAAAUUUAGAAUAUUGUCCUAAAAAAAAUGUACAUUUACUUACUUGGUCAAUGGAUAAUAUACUUCGUGUUUAUCCAAUUCAUUUUAAAUCAAUUUCACAUCAUGAUAAUGAACCAUUAUCAAAUCAAGCAAAUAAACAAACAAGGAUAAUAAAAGAAAAAUCAGAAGAUUUAUUAGAUGAUAAAUUAUCAACGAAUUUCAAUCCAAAGACAAAUCAAUCAAAGAAGUUUAGUAAUACUUCGACAAACAAUUUAAAUAAACUAAAGGUUGUUGACCCGCAACAUCGUGGUGAAGAUUUUGGCCAACGUUCUUCUUUCUCCAAAUCAUGUUUAUCUAUUUCGAAAAGUGGAUUGAAUGCAGAUCCUAAAUGUGGAAAUCAAGAAGAUAGUGCAUUCCAAUUUCUCGCUCAAGAACUAUCUCUGUUAAGCCAUAGAGCUGGACAAUAUAAGUUAGAAGAAAUGGAUCUUAUCAAUCGUACAGCUAAAUUAAUUUUAUUUUACUGUCGUCGCAAUCAUCAUCAUCAUUAUUCAUUAUGUUCAGUAACUAAUACACUUCGAAGACGACGUCAUAGUUCUGUAAUGAAUAAUGAAGGUCUUGAUAGUCUACUAUUACCUCCAACUGCUGACCUAAUUUCACAAAUGGAAUUUUCUGAACAUUCAAAUUUUUGGAAAGCACACCAUCGUAAUUUAUCAUCAACAACUGAUACUGAACGUACAAUAUCGAAUCGGACUAGCAUUAGUAAUAGUGCUGUUAGUGUUGAUAAUGAAGAGAGUACACAUUUAACAAAUUAUCCAUCAAAUCACCCAUUUACUUUAACCUUUGAUAAUAGUCAUGAAUUAGAAAAUUCGACGACUAACAAUACACAUAACUAUGAAAUGCCAUUAGCUGGUUCAAUAAUAUUAAGUAUAGAAUUCCCUGAUAAUUAUCCAUUAAAUGGAGCUAUACCAGAAUUUCAUGUACUUGAUUGCAGUCCACCCUUACCUCCAGAAGUAUUAGAUGAAUUAAAGGAUGUUUUAUAUUCAACUGCAUCUGAACUAGUGUCCACCUCACGUGGUUGUGUUGAACCAUGUAUACGAAAUGCUGUGAUCACUUUACAAACAUAUCCUACGUUAAGUAAUCAAAUAGAAAAUAAUUCCAAGAAAUUAAACUUAACAAAUUUAUCUACUACUAAUUUUGAUAUGCUUAAUGCUAAUAUGGAUACACUGAACAAACCAAUUAUUGAAACAACAGCUUCAAUGAAACAAAAAUGUCAUUAUACAAUAGGUAUUCCUUUCCCAAGAACAUCUGGUGUUCAUUUUACCACGAAUGGUCUAAUUGUAACAUUCGGUCUACCAGAAUCUUUGUCAUUUAUACGUAAUUCAAUAAAAUCAACUUCAUCAGAUGAUAAAGGUCAAGUAGAGUUAACAAAUAAUAAUAAUAAUGACACAAAAAAAGAUUGGACACCACAAUCAUUUAGUGAAUAUCAAACAUUUAUCCAACGAUUUUCAUCAGCAAAUCGUGAAUAUAAUGAUGAUAUGAGAAGAUCAUUUCAGAAUUGUAUUGGAAAUAUAAUUGAUUCAUUUGCUAGAUUUGAGGUAGAUUGUAAAGAACAACAACGACAGCAGCAUCAACCUCAUAAAAAACAGAAAAUUAUCACUGAAUUAAUUGACAAAAAUAGGUUAUCUUUUAAAAUGAAUGUAGAACUUAACGAAAAUUCAAUGAAUUCAACAGCUAAUGAUGCUGAAGUAAAGAAAAAUUCGUUUGAGUCUGCUCGUGUGACGGAACAAAAAUGGUUCAAUUCCAUUUCAACAACACAUCCCAACUCUCCUGAUGUCCAGAAUCCAACUGAAAUGUUCCUCAGUCAUUUCAGUAUGAUUUAUCCAUCUACUAUUCAAAUUUAUGACAUGAGCCCUUUAAUUUGGGACCGGCAUUUAAUGUAUGAUUACAGCCUCAACACCGAAAAUUUACAACAGAUGUGCAUUCACAAUCUUCAUGCAGUUUAUAAUACUCAUCGAAAGGAUCUUAUUCGAUUCUGGCAAUAUGCUCUAGUUAUGUCGAUCUCACUUAGUCACACAGAUCAUUCUCACCAAGUUUAUCAACCUUUAGCUUCACAAUUAAUUGGUAGACCGUUAUUUGAUACAUGGAUUCGACAUUUCCUUCGUAUACAUGAUGUUCAAAGUUUGGCAAUGUUGGUUCUUGUACUUCAAAGUUUAAAUCAUAUCAAUGAACUGAAAUUCGACAAAGUUGAUGGCUCAAAUAUUUCACUAAACAAACUCGAGAAUACUAUUACUUCACUGUCAUCUGUGAACAACUUUUUGGAGACAUAUUCAUUAUAUCACAUGAAUGAGUCAGAAAAGACAAUAAAUCUUUUAGGGUGCAAUACAGUUGCCAGUUCUUCAUUAGAACAACAAGUGUCAUUUACCUUAGAUAACUCUGAUGAAACACAGAGUGAAUUUAGUUUGGUAUCUGGCCAGUCAAACGAAAAUAUGAACGGUUGUCCAAUAGAACAACUUCCUCCAAAGGAAUUAUCGAUCAAUUCAAUUUGUGCUUAUCAAUCAAGAUUUGUGCAUCCGAAGGAUUUGUUUUCAUUCGAUCACUACAUUUAUGUUUACGCUAGCAUUAUUUACUCUCUACGCGAAUACAUUUUACACGCUCAUCUUCUUCGAUCUUGGUCGUACAAUAUUCGUACAAAUUCAUUAUCCCACAUAUGGCCUUACGUUCAAACAAAUGCUAUGAUUCUACUUUCAUGUCCAGACAUGCGAUGCAGUUCUAACUUAGUUCCUAAACACUCCAAUGGAUCUCUUAAGUCUGCACAGUGUACACAUUGUCAAUGGGAGGUGAAUUUGGAGAAUCAACAAUCUACUACAGGCCCUCAGAAACCGCAGAGAUUGUUAAUCUGUACUGUAUGCCGAAAUAGCUGCAAAGGACUUGUGUUAGUGUGUCCACUAUGUAGUCAUGGUGGACAUGUACAUCAUGUUUCCACAUGGUUCAACUCAGUUGGUAGAACUAAUUUACCUAGACAAUGUCCCUUCAUUAAUUGUGAGUGUUUUUGUUUUUUCAGUGAAAUGUAUUCAACUCAAAGGGUAUGAGAUCAAAAAGAAUUUCUGAGAGAUAUAAACUUAUCAACAUAGUAGUAGGGGAAUGCUGGUUAAUGUACACUGUAUUUCUCGAUUCUUUAUUAUUUUGGAGAGUAUUCAAAUAUUCAUUGUUAUUCUAUGUAUUAUUUUCUCCCUGAAAAGUAUGUAGGUGUAUGCGAUAAUUUUUAAACCUAUUCGUCUAAUUCCUGAUUGAUGAGGAUGCCCAUUUCGCUAAAAACCACUCGUGAUACCAUUAUUGUAAUUUAUUUUGCACAAUAUCAAACUAAUUUUUAGCCUCCAAACCUACAUGCGCUACAUGCCGUUAAUUACUUUCUGCCGUUAAAUGUAGUCUCUGGUUUUUAGACUGCAGAUUUUGGUAAACGACUUUAUUAAUUUUUUUACAAAGUCGUUGCCAAUAAAUGUAUAUGCAAAAACUGAAUAACUAAUUAAUUUUUUCGCUUAUCUAAUAAAUUUUCCGACU